AUUCUAAUGAAGUUGUCGUUAGCAGAAACUUCAGCUUGAGAACACACGCGAAAAGCAACAACAAAAAUGAUUGAAGAAGAAAUAGGAAAAAAGAGAAGAUUAGAAAAUGAUAUUUGUAUUGAGAAAAAACAGAGAGUUGAAAAGCUGGUCAGUGUUUUAAAUAAAACCGAUAAAAAUUUUGAAGGUACGAUCGCUCAAAAAGAACUUCCACAAAUUGAAAUUAAGAAAGAAGAAGAUGACAGUGCUGUUUCCUCCACAGAGACGUCAGAACUUUCUUGCAUUGAUGCUUCCAGAAGUCGCCUAUAUCCUGAUUUCAAAGAGGGAAUAAAAGGUCUUGAAAAAGCGACCUCUCACACAAAACGUGAACCACAACCCAACAAAGAUUCCAAAGGACAUUUGGAUCCGAAAGUAUUUUCAAGCUAUCCGAAAUUACCGUUUGCUAUUAUGACAAGCAAAGCAGUAGGAAAUUCCUGCCACUUUCGUCCAAGGAUUAUUCAGCGAAUUGAGGCGCCCACUUCGUUACAACAACAGCAGCAGCACAAUCAUUGUCCGUACUUCCCCGUGCCGAGAGGCAAAGGAAUCUUAAUUAACAAGAAAUCACCUGCAACUUCCUCAGAUAUCAUACGUGUACCACGUGACAACAAAACACCAUUCUUUAUCUAUACUCCGCCGAAGUAUACUUUGAAACCACUACCAGUGAAGCAACCUGAAGCAUACAACAAAUCUUUGGAAUUAUCUCCACCCUCUUUGAAACCGAUUUCAGAAGUGCAUUCGUUUGCUUGCACAAGAGUGAGCGACACUAAGCCACAAGAGAGUCCAGUAAACACGCUUGCUGACAGUUCUCAAGAUGUCACAUCCACGUCAGAAAGAAGGAAAUCUACAGAACAAUCCACCACCAAGGCGUUGUCACAAUGGUCGGUGGACGAAGUCUACGCGUACUUUCAAAAAACUGAAUGCGCAACUUAUGCUACCAUUUUUAAAGAUCAGGAAAUUGAUGGCAGUGCGCUUCUUCAUUUAGACGAACUGCGUAUCUCAACACUGCUUGGGGUAAAAAUGGGUCCAGCAAUCAAACUAUAUGCUAUAAUCAAAUGCAUGAAACAAAGCGCGUAGUUUUAAAUCCCCUUAAGCUGAAAUUGUAUAUAAAAAUACUUGUAGAUUUGUAAAUAGAUGUCGAUAGAUUUGGAUGUUAUGUAA